UUGUCUCAACAAAAAGACAUGUAAUCUACCUUUGUCUCCAAGGUCUAAAACGUUUUCAUCAAAGAUGAAAUAAACAUAAAAAACAAAACAACAAAAAAUUGAUUUGUCCAUAUCUGUUUUUCAUUUCUGUUUAUAUAGUUUCUUCAAAGAGAAGAAAUCAAUUCCUUCACCAGCAUGGGAUUGAUUGAUUCGGACCCACCCUUUGAAGAGACAUACAAGAACCUAUUCAACAAGGACCAAAACAUUAUUAAUGAUGAGUUAAUGGUGGAUAAUGAAUGUGAGCUUCCAGUGAUUGAUCUGAGCCGUUUAAAUGAUGAUGAUGAGGUGGCAAGAGAAGAGUGCAAGUCUAUGAUAGCAAAUGCUUCACAAGAAUGGGGUUUUUUACAAGUUGUAAAUCAUGGAAUUUCAAGUGACAUUUUAACCAGAUUAAGGUGUGAGCAGAAGAAGGUGUUCAAGGAACCAUUUGAUAAGAAAACAAAAGAGGAUAAGUUUUUGAACUUCUCUGCUGGUAGUUACCGUUGGGGAACACCAACUGCUACAUGCAUUAAACAGUUAUCUUGGUCAGAAGCAUUUCAUAUUCCUUUGACCGAUAUUCUAGGAUCAAAUACUCAUCUCAGUUCAAUAAUUGAACAAUUUGCUACCACAGUUUCCAACCUUGCACAAAUAUUAGCUAAUAUCCUAGCAGAGAAAUUGGGUCACCAAUCAUCUUUCUUUAAGGAGAAUUGCUUGCCCAACACAUGUUAUCUUAGAUUGAACAGAUAUCCUCCAUGUCCCAUUGAUUUUAGGAUUCAUGGCCUAAUGCCACAUACUGAUAGUGACUUCCUUACCAUAUUAUAUCAAGAUCAAGUUGGAGGUUUACAAUUGGUGAAAGAUGGAAAAUGGGUCGCUGUUAAACCAAACCCUGAUGCACUUAUAAUUAACAUUGGAGACUUAUUUCAGGCUUGGAGCAAUGGAGUGUAUAAGAGUGUUGAGCAUCGAGUUGUGACAAACCCAAGAGUAGAAAGGUUCUCUGUUGCGUAUUUCUUAUGCCCUUCAAAUGACACCAUGAUUGAGAGUUGCAAAGAGCCCUCUAUAUACCGCAAAUUCAGCUUUAAAGAAUAUAGACAACAAGUUCGUGAUGAUGUUCAGAAGUUAGGUUCCAAAAUAGGCCUACCUAGGUUUAUCAUAAAUUAGGAUCCGACUCCUCUAUAUUCAGAGAUUCCCCACAUUCAUGCAGUCGUAACAUUAGUGGCCGUUCGAUCAAAAUCAUAUGGUUCAUAUUUAAACUCCUAUUUUAAAUCAUAAAAUUGAAAUUUGCAUUUUUUGUACUUGAUCUUGAUCAAAUAUCCAUCGAUGUCCAAAAUGCGUGAACGUGGGAUACUCCUAAAUCUAAAUUCCAUAAAGGAACUAUGUAGUGCAUAUAUAGUUAGCAUAGCAUUAUUGUGGAAUAUAGUAUUCAAACACCUUUUUGGUCAUGUUAUAUGUGAGAACUUGAGAGAACAUUAUACAGAGAACAAGAGAGUAUUUGUGUCAAUGUACCAUUCAGUUAGUAGUAAAUUAAUAGAGAAAAUUGGUAUGAUUUCUUGA